CUGUGUGAGUGACCCGGAUGUUAACGGACUGGACACGCCGCACCGCCGCCGCUGCUCUGUCGUGUGUCGGUGAGUCGAACCGACAUGCUGCUGCCCCGUUUCUGCUGAAUUCUCUGCAGCUCCGCGAUGAGGUGACGGGAGGGGAGAAACGAUUUGACGGAUUGUUUAUUUUCACUAAGGUGAGGCUUUCAUGUUUAUAUCGACUCUUUUUUACCUCUCGUGGGCAGAUUUUUAACGGCUAACGAUGAUUUUCACAGCGAUGAUGUGAUUGAGCGAAACAUCGUCCGAGCCGCGACAAAAAUGAACAAAAAAACCUCCGAACUGCCUUUACUUCAUCUCUGAUAGUAUAAAUCACCACACUUGAAAGCUUCCCGGUGAUGACUGCGGUUUUAUGCGGGGUUUCGGUGUCAGGAUGGCCCUGGAAGUAGCCGGCUAAAGCUAGUUGGAGUUAGCGGCAGUCAGCUCCUCUGAAUGUGGGUGAAGUUGUUAGCCUGUUAGCACCGCAGUGACAACUUUCUGAGGAGUGGCCCAGCCCUGCUGAUCGUCCCCCCACACCAAACCGAUCACCAACAGAUCUCUUAUCAUCACAUUUAUCCUCUAAUGUGUUUAUUAUGUGUUUUUUCAGCGUGUUGAUGGUGUUAUAAACAGAUCAGGGUGACUGGGAGUGUUGACGCUGUGUUGCAUCAUGUCCACAAUACUGAUGACUGAGCUGUCACUCUGUGUUGUUCAUCCUCUUCAGCCCAUAUCAAUACAGAAUCACUCUUAGCAUUAGCUGUCAGCCUGGACUAGUCACAUCUGAGGUAUUUGAGGCAUCCAUCAACACAGACCUGAGCUGAUUCUCACACACACCUGGAUCAGCUUUGUCAUGAUCAGCAGCCUGCCAUGUGAUCAUUGACUAUCUGUAAGUAGGGCUGGGCGAUAUGAGAAAAGUUUAUCACGAUAUAUCUUUUUCAUAUCAGUCGAUAUUAAAGGGAUAUUCAGGCGUAAAAUUAAUUUAGAGUCAAAUACACCGUAACACAGAGUUAGACACCCCGUCGAGAGAUGAAUGCUGCUGACCGCUUGCUUUCCUAGCGCUCAACCAAAACGCCACUCUAUAGCCACAAAUAAUGUACAUAUAGGGUCCUAGCCAUAGUAACAUCUUUUCAGCUCUGCCUAAUUUCUUUAGCAAAGAGACUAAAUACAACUCACCUACUCUCUUCCAGCUGCCGCUUGUUUGUAUGGAGACCUCCGGGCGAGUCCAUCGACUGCGGUGGGGUGCUGCAGCUCAAGGAAGAACAUUUAUGAUUAUUACUUUAUCAUUUCCUUGAAGUAAUAAUCACCAUAUUAAUCAUUUUGCACUGCAGACGCGGUAGUUCUUCUGCCUUAGCCUCUCGGUCUGAUUGCAUUUCUGUGAAGAAAUUAUCAGAAAUGUUCUUCCUUGAGCUGUGGCACCCCACCGCAGUCGAUGGACUCGUUUUGGUUGAGCGCGUAACUCUCUGUAUUGCUAUGCUGCGGUUGCUACUAAAGUUGGUAUAACUAGAGAAGCAAGCAGUCGGCAACAAUCUCUCAAGGGGGUGUCGUGUGCUUGACCCUAAAUUAAUUUUACGUUGGAGUAUCCCUGUAAUAUAUAUUACGAUAUAAGAAAUGAAAUUUAACCCUGCUUAUUGGUAGCAUGUCUUUUUUGUCUGUCUAUCAUGUCAAGAUAAUCCUUUAUUAGAUCAUGAUCAGGGAAAAAUCCUGCUCAGUCUAUGACAGCAGACCUGAGUGAUCAGAUUUAGAUGAUCAAUAAGAUAAAAAACUAGGCUGAUCUGAUAAAAUCGUGCACAUCUAUCACAGCCACGUUAGCAGCCUGCCAUGUUUUCACACACACAAACACAGUAGAUUCACGCAGGUAAACAUGUUGUCUCUUAUUUUCAGUUUUGAAACCUUUUUCACAAACUGAGUAAAAACUCAACUACAGUCCCCUUCAGGGGGGAAGGAGAGAAAUGUGAAAAAUGUGUCCGUGUUGAGCAACUUUGAGAAAGUAUCAGAAUCACAAAUGUAUUUCUGCAUGAACUAUUCUUUUUUUUUUUUAGUUAUGUUUUUGGGCAUUUUUGCUUUUUAUAAGAGAGACAGGAAAUGUGGCGAGUAGAGAGCGGGAGAAGACUUGCAGCGAAUGGUUGUGGCCAGGAAAUGAACCAGCCGCCGCUGCCACUAGGACUAUACAGCCUCUGUGCAUAGGGAACAUAGACUGGUAGGGCAUCAGUGCCCCUGCAUGAACUAUAUUGUGUCAGUCAAUCAGCCUUUAUAAAAGACUCAGUAUGAGACGUAACAAGAACAAGAGCUGACAAAACUGGGGAAACACUAGAGGCGAUUCUAGAAGACUCAGAUCUUGUUUUAUGUCUUUUUCCGAUACAAAUAGGUUGUCACAGCAAGAGUAACGGGGUCAGUGCGACUACAGGAAAGACUUGAUAAUGAAAAUCAAAGAAUUUAUACGUUGGUAUCAGUAAUAAUAAGUAAUAAAUAAGUUUGAAAAUAUUAGUGCAUCAGAUAAUUUUCUGUCUAAAUGGAUUUUUGGAGCCCUCUCUGACUUGGAUAAAACAAAAGUCUCUCUCUCAUGCGGCUGAUUUGGUGUUUUCAUGAUUGCUAUCACAGCGGUGAUGCUGGAAUUGAACACCCCUGGUUUAUUUCACCUCCUCAGAUGAGAUUAAUCUGCCCGCGGCCUGCAGCAGAAAGGAGUGAACCUGCCUUGGAAGAAAGCUAACCCACGAAUGGCCUGCCAGUCUGUCGCUGCAGUCAUGGACGAGCAGGCCCUGCUGGGGCUCAACCCGAACGCCGAUGCCCGCUACAGGCAGAGGGUAACACAUACAGCCAUUAUAAUCACAGCACACUCAGUUAAAGCUGUUAAUUUUUAUAUACUUUUGAAAACCAUGUGCUUGAGAUGAUACAGUCACAGCUGUUGGUGUUUAAGAGCAUCUUAGCUUGUGGAAAGAGGGAUUUACUGUCAUAUUGCAAACAGAAACUGCAGAGAAUGAAAGUGAGAAAGCAGCAGUGGUCGAGUCACAUAGAGAGACAGUGAAGAGAGCGAGAGCUGCUGAUGAAAUCAAAGCAGAGAAACAAAAGAAAAAGACGUAAUUAUCAGACAGAUUCACUUGAGUUAGGGCUCCUAAGAACUGACGGCUACUGUUGUAUUUUUAAACAGUCGUUAUGGCUAAUUUAAGUGUGAUUUGUAAUGUAUAGGUGUAAUAACCUGUGGUAUUUCUGCGUGUGUGUGUGUGUGUGUGUGUGUGAUGUAGGCUAUGGCAUAUUUUGAGCAACUGAAGGAGUCUCAAGAUGCCUGGGAGGUUUGUGCUGAGGCGCUCGCUAAAGGGAUUUACAAGUGAGUCUCGCACACUUCCAGCUUUACAGACGUUUAGAGUGAUUUCAUUUUUGAUUUCUCUUCAGUUUGCUUUAGACGUUCAGUCUCUGUUUUCUGUUUCAGUGACGACCACGUGAAGUUCUUCUGCUUCCAAGUUUUGGAGCAUCAGAUAAAGUUCAGGUGAGGAGGAGGAGGAUCUGAUUUGAUAUGUCUGAUGUUUUUACUAUGUGUUGAUCUCACCCUGCGUGUGUCUGUGUGUGUGCAGACAUGCCGGUCUAAGCGGGGUUCAACAGCAGCUCAUCAGAGAGACGCUGAUGAAGUGGCUCCAGUCUCAGGUAAAAAAACGAGGAUGAUACGAUGUGGGUUUAAGGUGCUUCAGUUUAACAAACCGCUGACGGGUUUUUUCACCCUCCUCCUCGUCUGCAGCUGAUGAACGCUCACCCUGAGAAGCCCUUCAUCAGGAACAAAGCGGCUCAGGUGUUCGCCCUCACCUUCGUCAUGGAGUACCUGACUCUGUGGCCCAAGUUCUUCUUCGACAUCCUGUCUCUGGUGGGUCUAAACCCGCACGGCGUCGACAUCUACCUGAGGACACUAAUGGCCAUCGAUGCCGAGGUGGUGGACAGGGACAUCCUGCACUCGCCUGAGGUCAGACAAGCUCCUCCCACUUAUUUUUUUAAUAAAUUUGAGGGAUAAUCUGGUUGAUCGUGUUCGUUUCUUUCCACCAGGAGACUCGUAGAAACACUCUCAUCAAAGACGGCAUGCGGGAACAGUGCAUCCCUCACUUGGUGGAGUCCUGGUUUCAGAUCCUGCAGACGUACCAGCAGUCCCACCCGGAGCUCACCUGUCAGUGUCUGGAGGUGGUGGGGGCUUACGUGAGCUGGAUCGACCUAAACCUCAUCGCCAACGACAGGUAAGUCACCACACACCUGAGCCCUGAAGAUCUCUGACUUAGCUGGAGCCCAAAUCUGCAUAGAUAAAGUUUGGAGUGAAGAAAGUUGGUUAAAGGAAGUUGUGCAACAAGUUUAAUGAGAAGUUGUGCAACAGCGCUGCAUGAAGGAAGCUCCUAAAACAAAUCAAGUCUUUGACAAUCAUCUCUGCAGGCUGUGUGAGAGAAGAACCAGCAGGAAGGAACAAAAGCUCUUUAAGAGUUUCCAGUUUUACCCUCACAGUGUGACUCGCUCACACUCGCUGAUUUUCUGGUAUUUCUGUCGUUUUUGUUUUCAGGUUUGUGAACCUGCUGCUCAGUCAGAUGUCGAUGGAGGAGCUCAGAGAGGAGGCCUGCGACUGCCUGUUUGAAAUAGUCAAUAAAGGAAUGGACCCCAUCGACAAAACGAAGCUGGUGGAGUCUCUGUGCCAAGUCCUGCAGUCUGCCGGGUUCUUCAACGUGGAGCAGGUUCGAGUUCUCCCUCACAGCUCCAUUAAGGCUUUUAGUAUCUUAUCAGGCAUAAAGGAGACCUCUAGCUUAGCAUGAGUGGCAGCUCUUAAAACUCCUCAUUCGAACCUCGAUGUAACACUCCUGUAGGAGCCGUAAUGUUGCGUUGCUUAUCGGUUAUCCUGUGUGGGCACUGUGUUUGAAAUCCGGUAAGUUAUCUAAGGGGCGGUCUCACCUGCACUGGGGGGGAGAGGUGAGCCUAGGCAGCCGUAAUUUUUGUUGACCGCACUUUAUGUUCUUUCUUUGCUAUGAUACACGUCGCAAAGUGUACACAUAUUCUAUCCGAUGUGCGCGUGUAAAUCAACCUCAGGAUCUGGGGGCCCUUCUCAAAAUGGCCCUCAGGAUUCCAGAGGCGUGUCCCAGACAGGGUUCAGGUUUUAAUGGGUUAAUUGUGGGUUACAUAGACCUCAAAUAUCUAGAAAGUUCUGUAUUCUUCUCCUACAGCCUGCUGUCAUACACAAAGUCAGUGGAUUAUUGAGGGUUUGUUUGUCCGGUUGUUGGUUUUUGUAGGUCAGGUCAUAUCUGAGAUAAGAGCUCCGUGUUUACUUUACAGCCACAUGUUUAUACUCGCACACAAAGAGGUCAGAGGUCACCUGCUCUUCCUGCUCCAUCUCUUCCUGGUUGUCAGAGUGUUUUCAUGUCCCUCUUCUCUUCCUGUCCCCUCAGGAGGAGGACGUGGACUUCCUGGCCAAGUUCUCCCGGUUGGUGAACGGGAUGGGUCAGAGUCUGGUGCUGAGCUGGACCAAACUCUCCAGAUCCGGGAACCCGAAGGACACGGCGGAGACGCUGCAGGCCAUCGAGGCCAAAGUGCCGCUGCUGCUGCAGCUGCUGGUCCACGAGGACGACGACAUCUCCGCAAACAUCGUCGGCUUCUGCUACGAAUACCUGCACGUGCUCAAACAGGUGAGUGAGGACGAGCCGCCUGGACCAAUCAGAAUCCAGAAUCGGGGGAAAUGAAAACAAGUGAUAGUUAAACUUUUUUUGUUUUUGCAGCUUCCCCAGCUGACCGACCAACAAAAAGCCAACAUCGAGGUGAGUGAAAGACAGUUCGCUGUAAAAUCUCUGAUUAUGGAUUUUGGAUUAGAGGUUUAACUCAAUCUUUUUCUCUCUGAAGGCGAUCAUGCUCGCUGUGAUGAAGAAACUGACGUAUGACGACGAGUACAACUUUGAAAACGAGGUGGGUUCCAAUUCAAUCCACUUUAUUUAUCCGAUUAAUAAUCUUCUUUCUCUUGAUUGGGCUGUGGAGGCCUUUGACUUUGUAACUUAUUACCCGAAGAGAUCCCAUAAGUCAAAUGCAGGGUCAGAUAUAAUGGGAAGAAAGAGUGAAAUAAUAUAAAAUGUACAAAUAGAGAAGUUGUGGGAAAUAAAAUCAAAUAAAUACUAAAGUGGGCGUGUGUAUAUAUAAAGACUGGAAGCUACGUGGGAAAAUACCUGAGAGUUACCAAGUUAAGAGGAGGAUAAGUUUUGUUGCAUUUCAACUUUAGCAAAUGAUUCUUAUCCUGAAAGAGUGAAUGGAUGGGAAAGUUCACUGUUGCUCUUCUUAGAUCCCUGAGGAACAAGGAAAUCAUCAAUAACAGAGCUGAACAUAGAACAAUCCACUGUAUUUAUACAGCACAGUUAAAAAAUAUUCAAGUUUACCAAAGUGCUGCAGAGUCAAAUUUAAAAGAACAAACACGACAGAAAACAUCAAGAGGAAAUAAAUAAAAGCAGGUAGAAAACAUUUAAAAUGAAAUGAAAUAAAAACUCAAAAGAAAUCAAAGUGAUUGUAGUGACUGCUUUCCUUCAAUAAAAAAGGCCGCCAGGGUUUAGGUUCCCCUAGCAUCUGUGACUCGCUUGAAUUGUCAGUCCGAUUUGAGUGUUAGAAAAAUAAAUUUAUUGUUCAGAAAACGGAAAGAAAACACGCUGCUCCGGGUCCAAUACUUGCCUUCAACUGGAAAGGUGAUAUGAUGAAAUGAGGUUAAAACAGGAUGAGUGAAUGAUCAUGUUUUCGUUUACCUGUUAAAAGACGAGCAGCAGCAUUUUGGACUAACUGUAGGCGUGUGAGGGAAGCCUGAUUAACACCAACGUAAAGAGCGUUAAAUAAAAGCAUGAAUUACUCGCUCAAAAUCAUUAAAAGAUAAAACCCAUUUAAUCUUGGAUAAAAGCCUCAGAUGAGUUGAUUUCUGCUGUGAGAACAUGACGGACACAGAUCUUCACUCCCGUCCUUCAGGGUGAAGAUGAGGCCAUGUUUGUGGAGUACAGGAAGCAGCUGAAGAUGCUGCUGGAUCGUCUGGCUCAGGUUUCUCCUGAGCUGCUGCUGGAGGCUGUGCGGCGAGUUUUCACCAACACCAUGCAGUAAGAGUCGAAUUUUCUUCAGCUGAAAUAUUGAAGAGAUACAAACAGGAUGAUCUAGAAGCUCAUCCUGUGUCCGAUCUGUUUUCAGGAACUGGCAGACGGCUCAGUUCAUGGAGGUGGAGGUGGCCAUCAGGCUGCUCUACAUGCUGGGCGAAGCUCUGCCGGCGUCUCACGGCGCUCAUUUCUCCGGAGACACGGCCAAGACCAGCGCGCUGCAAGAUAUGAUGAGGACGGUCAGUCACAUGACUCUGGUGAUAACACAUGCUUUGUUUUAGUUCAACACUUCAACAAAAUCAAUCAAGGAGACGUGUUUUUAUCAUCUGAUUCUGCAGCUGGUGACGUGCGGCGUGAGCGGCUACCAGCACAGCUCGGUGUCUCUGGAGUUUUUUGAAACGGUCGUCCGAUACGAUAAAUUCUUCCUCGUGGAGCCGCAGCACAUCCCCAAUGUCCUGGUGAGUCCGAUUAGUCACUUUGACUGUGUGACGAGGUGGAGGAGAGUGAACAUGUCUAAUCAGUCUGUGUUGCGUUCGCUGUCAGAUGGCGUUUCUGGACCAAAGAGGACUGAGACACAACAGCCCAAAGGUUCGCAGCAGAGUGGCCUACCUCUUCUCCAGAUUCGUCAAAACUUUGCAGUGAGUCUGACUUCAGUUUGUUUCUAAACUUUGGACAAAGAGGCAAAAGAUCUCAUGAAAACAGAAUAACUUAAUACUCUAGAAUAAAGAUCUCAGCAUGAAGCUCCUCCUGCUCUCCUGAUUAAACCUGGUGACCAUGAUAGCACCAUUUUUUUUGCUGCAGAAUACUUUAAUGAAAAUGAAAUAUUUCUAUCAAGUUGAUUAUUUAUCUUGAUAAGUUCCUGACCAGAAAGGGGGAAAAAAAACCUUGAUCCAUAGACGUGAAGGUGUAAAUUUGAAUAAGAAGGAUUGCGACCUUAUUCUUGAAUUAUUGCGAAGAAUUAAAGACUGAUCCGUCUGUUUUUUUAGUAAACACAUGAACGCCUUCAUCGAGGACAUCCUGACCAGGAUCCAGGACCUGCUGGAGCUCGCUCCUCCGGUGAGUCUCCUCAUCAGAUCAGUAACAUUGUAAAUGAAUCUAAAACUAUCAGUCCUGACCAUCCACGUGUCUUAUCAUUUAGGAGAACGGUUUCCCGGCGCUGCUGACCAGCGAUGACCAGCUUUUCAUGUUUGAGACGGCCGGCGUGCUGAUCGUGAACGGGGAGAGUCCCGUGGAGAGGAAGCAGGCGCUGAUGAGGAGUCUGCUGCUUCCUCUCAUGGACGCAUUCCGCCUGCUGCUCGCCAAACUGCCACAGGAAACCGAGGAGGAGAGGCAGACGGUGCUCGCAGACUGUUUGAGCCACGCCGUCGGGUUCGCCAGGUCAGGACUGAAUUAACUUUGAUAACUACUGCUGACGGUUUUUAUCCCUCAUAGCUAAACUCUUCGUCUUCCUCUCCCUCCUUCACAGUCGGACCAGUAAAGCGUUCAGCAACAAGCAAACGGUGAAGCAGUGCGGCUGCACCGAGGUCUACAGAGACUGUCUGCAGACCUUCCUGCCCGCGCUGAGCUGCCCUGUCCAGCGGGGGGUGCUGCGGAGCUCGGUCCGCUCCUUCCUGCACAGGAUGAUCAUCUGCCUGGAGGAGGAGGUGCUGCCCUUCGUCCCUGCCGCCUCUGAGCACAUGCUGAAGGACUGCGAGGCCAAAGAUCUGCAGGAGUUCAUCCCGCUCAUCAGCCAGAUCACCGCCAAGUUCAAGGUACGCUGGGAGAAAAUGGAGACCAACAGGAAGUGUGACUCAAACCGAAGGUAGAAGGACUAAAGAUCGUUAACGGGUUUGUUUACUUCACAGCGGCAGGUGUCGCCCUUCCUGCAGCAGGUCUUCAUGCCGCUCGUCCUCGCCAUCUUCGAGGUGCUUGGCCGGCCGGCGGAGGAGAACGACCAGGCGGCUGCUCUGGAGAAACAGAUGCUGAGGAGGAGCUACUUCACCUUCAUCCAAACCAUCACAGGGAGCGGCAUGAACGAGGUGAUGGCCAAUCAGGGUGAGUCUGAAACAUCCGACAGAAACCAGAAGCAGAAAGUGAUUCAACUUCAGAGUUAGUUUGUUGUUUUUCCUCCUCACUCAGAUGAAGUUUUUAUUUUCAGGGGUUGAAAACAUCGAGCGAGUCCUCUUCACCAUCAUCCAGGGAGCCGUGGACUUCCCCGACCCGGUCGCUCAGAAGACCUGCUUCAUCAUCCUCUCCAAGCUGGUGGAGCUGUGGGGUGAGGAGGAGGAACUCCCAGAAACCAUCAAACAGACUGAUUUCACUCCGUCUGUGUUUUUAAAUCUGAUUUUUUCUUUCACUGUCAGGAGGUAAAGACGGCAUGGUGGGAUUCCCCGACUUCAUCUACAAACACAUCGUCCCUGCAUGUUUCCUGGCUCCUCUCAAACCGACCUUUGACCUCUCAGACGCUCAGACAGUCCUGGUAAGAUUCUCUCCGCUGAACAAAAGCAACAUUUUAAUGAUGAUUCACCAACGGCGUCAAAUAAUAACGAAAAACCGUCUUUGUUUGCAGACGCUGUCAGAGUGCGCCGUCACUCUGAAAACGAUUCAUCUCAAAAGGGUAAAAAACCUCUCACAUGUUUCCUUUUACCUGGUCGUGUCCUGCUAGAGGAGUGGGAUUUAAUCUUUGCGUCAUGUUUCUCAUUAGGGGCCGGAGUUUAUCCAGUAUCUGCAGCAGGAAUAUUUACCUUCACUACAGGUGUCGCCUGAAAUCUCACAGGUGAGACGGUCCUGGAAAACCUCCUGAAUAAAAACAGAAAAAGUGCAAAGCUGUUAAGAGUAAAUGUGUCUAACUUUGUUAAUCUGGUGUUUCAGGAGCUUUGUCAAGUCCUCCAGCAGCCGGAUAUGAAAGUCCUGAAAAACUACAUAAAGGUAGGAGUGAUUUGAUUGGCUGAUGAGUCUGUUUCUGACCUUGUUUUCCUGUGUCGCUGAUCAAAAGACUUACAUCACAACUGUUAAUACCACUUGUUGAUCAUGCUGAUAGAGUUUACCGUAACACUUCUGACUCUCAUCUCAAACCUCUGACUGUAUUAUUUAACUCCUCAUGUAGAUUUGUUUUGAGAUGUCCUUUUAGAACACAUCACUGCUUUAUGUUUGACUCCCUGAAGUGGUUACAACCCAAAUCAAGACAGUAAUUUCAUUGGCUUAAUUUUCUUUUUAAAUGUGUUUAUUAGGGCCCGACCGAUAUGGAUUCUUCGGGGCCGAUACCGAUUAUUAGGGGGGGAAAAUCCGAUUACCAAUUAAUCGGCCGAUUUUUUUAAAUUAGUUAUAAAAUAGUUAUAAAAAUAUAUAUAUAUUGUAGAUAUCUACAGUAUACCAUACACUGUAGAUAUACUGUAGACUGAUCAAAGUCGGACCAGAAAAGCGUUUUCAGCUGCGUCAUCAUUAUCUCUGAAAAUAUCAGCGAAAAUCUGCGAGUUUUGUCCGAUUACCGAUUAGUCUCAAAUGGGCUAAAAUUGGCUGAUUUAAUCCGCUCGCCGAUAAAUGGUCGGGCCCUAGUGUUUAUCUCCAUUGGCCUUCAUAUUUAAAAGAAGUAAUUCCAUACAACUCCCCAUGCUCUCUUAGACACAUGAACGACCCAUUUUUCUUUGUUCCUAGAAUCUCUAAAGAAGUUUGCAAAAGAUUAUAUCAGCAUAAAGCCCCAUCAGAUUGGAGGAACCUGCCUAUUACUUCUUUUUAUCACUUUAGAAUUGCACUAUACUCCCAUCUCAAAACAAAUUGCUCAUGUUUCUGAUUUAUUUUCUCCACUGUUUUGCAUUUAUAUUCACAUUAUCUAUCCUUGUUAAUAAGUUUUGUCUAUUUUGUAUGUUGGGCGUAUGUUGGUUGGGGUUGUGUGUGGGGGUCGGGUGAGCAAGAUGUCUGUAUUUGUUAUAUGUUAUGUCUGUUAAUGUAUUGUAACGUGUCCUGAGUUCUCUGUACGUUUGUUUAAGGACCCCCUUGAAAAUGAGAUGCUGCAUCUCAGGGGGCUAUCCUUUAAUGAAUUCAAAUUUAAACCAUCUGAUCGUCCUCCUCUCCGUCCUGCAGGCGUUCUUUCAGCGAGCGAAGCUGUAGGAGUUAAAACUGGAAGUUCACUUUGGACUGAACGGACUCUUCAGAGAGUGGUCGUACUUUCACCACUAACCACAUCAAACAAAAAAAAGGAAACUUAGCAUAGAAGCUGCUUUUGCACUUAAGAAGUGAAUGCAUCACAAAGCGCCGUCUGUGUGAGCCCAGUCGUGGACAGGAGCUCGGUGGACCCUCCGGACGCCGAUGAGACGAGCUGUCCACGAGGACUCGAGAUGUAACGGAGCUCGGAAAUGUGGAGAACUUUCUGGAAACUAAGAAUAAAAACAGCUGUUUGGGAGAAAAGAAAAAACGACCUGUCUGGAAAACGUUUGGUAAAUAUCCUCAAACCAUGUGACCCAUGUGACGAUAGCUUUAUUCUAGUCUUUACGGUAGAAACCACGUUUCAAAACAAACUAGUUUGAGUUUUCUGGAUGUUGCUGCUGCCACGGGAUGGACAAAAAGAAGAGAAAGGGCUGACUGUGUUAUUUUUAUUGAAAUGUGGCAUUGAUUUCUUUUUUUUUUUUAAGUGCUGAUUUGACGGAUGGACGGUUUUAAGUUUGAAGUGAGAUGUGUUUAAGUGCUUACAGCCCAAAUUAACAUAAACCUCUACAAACUUGAAUUCUCGGUUUAACAGCAAAUAUCUGAAUCAUCUCGACCGCUCUGUUCCUGAUAAGGAGGUAGAUUCUCAAGCUUCGGUUCAUCGGCCCAUAAAAAUGUUACAAAAAAUGAGACAAAAGUCUGUGAAAUAUUUUUUUUUUCCUGGAAAUUUGAAGAAUAUUUUGGGCUGUUUUGAUUUUCAGAUGGAGUAAAUGAAAUAAAACGGAGGAACAAAGUGUAAAUAAGAGAAUAAGAUGUUAAAAUUGUAAAUAAAGUUCCUAGCGUUAGUUUUUUUUUAUCUUUAUUCUCGCCUGGAACCAUCAUACAGAAGCCCAUUAGUGCCAGAAAAUGAAAAAAAAAUUAAAGUAAGAAGUUAUUUAAAAAAAUUAAAGGAUGUGCCAAAAUUUGAGGGAAAAAAAAGUAUUUUAAAAGAUUUUGACACAGAAUAAGGUGGAAAUCCUGCUUGACCUUUUUUUGAAACAAUUAAAAUAGUGGCUGAAAAAAGUUUUACUUAACUUUAUUCAACGCCCCAAUUUUUCUCAUUAGUUUCAAACUGUCACAAAUUAAAAAUUGAAAAAUAAUUUAGAUUUUCUGAAUUUGUUUUCAGUCCUGAGUUUAAUGUAAUUCUCAUAUUAUUAAUUUUGAUUUGGUUUAAGUUUUAAUAAGUUUUCAUCUAGUGUAUGGAUCAUAAUUUUGAAUUUUUGGCGUUUUGUUUUUAAAUAAGUAAUGAAAUAUUAUUUCAAAACACUCAAAUAUGAUUUGCAGUAAAUUAGUUUUACCUUUUAUUUUGCCCAAAUGAACUGGUUUUGGAUUUUUUCACUUUUAUAUAAAAAUUCAUAAUUAUUCCUUAUAAAAUUUUCUCUGAGUAUUUUUACUUAUUUCAGUUAUUGUUUGUUUUUACAUUUUAAAUCAAAUUAUUUCAAAUAUUUCAGUUUCAUGACUUCUGAGGAGUAACUUUUUUUUUUUUUUUUGGAAACCCUGAAAUUUCAGUCAUAACUGACUGUUUAGAUAUCCUGAAUAUUUUUCACAUAUUUCUGACCUGAUUGGUACUUUCUGAAUUUCAACACGUUAGCGUUUACAGAAGUUAAAAAUUUGAAUUCUCAAAAAGCAAUUAAAGGAAAUGAUUUGAAAUUUUGAGAGAACCUCCCAGUUAUGACUUAAAUGUUAGUAAUAUUUUUCCUUUAGAUUUGGGUUAUUUUGUCAUUCCUAACAUUUAAUAUGUUUUUUCAUAUUUGGCAUCAAUGGGCUUCCGUAUAUUCACAUUAACUCAUUGUAGGAAUCACUUGUGUACAGGUGGUGUAAAAACAAGAAUCUGCUAGUGUACAGAAGCGACUCUGUGAGUUUUAAAUAUCGAAGCAUUCGCGACAAUUCAGGAUGAUCGACAUGUUGAUUAAAUAACGAGAAAUACUGUGAGGGAGUGAUCGAAGUAACGUACCCAAUCAGUGACGAUGAGGACGAGAUGUGACUGUACAAACUGAUACUGAAAACCACAUAUCCAUCUUUAUCUGUUCACUCUGUACAGAGGUUUAGAUAUCACGAAUCCCCCUCACACCCACACACACAGGCUGUUGUGUUUGACUGUUCGUCAGAAUCACCUGCUCCCUGCCCCGUCACUCGCUGUUUGAAUCAGUUUUUAAUUUUCUCUCCACUUUCAUGUAUUCAUCUUUUCAUUUGGCGUCAAACUUCCUCAAAAACCUUUGCCUUUGAACCCUCUGGAGAAAGUGCCUGAAAGUGUGAAAUCGAAUCAAAACCUUCAUAAAGGCAUAAAAAUGAAUUAAAGUCUUAUUGUUAUUGUAAAACUGUAUUUUUCUAUUUGAGAACAAAUCCCCCAAAAAGCAAAAACCUUAAUCGUGUCCAAGUCUGUUGUUUCUAGUUGCUGUAAAUCUGAAAUGAAUAAAUAAGACCAUGAACAUACCAAGUUACAGUAUCACUGUUUUAUGUCCCCAAACAGCUGAGCGCUGUUUUUUCUGCAAGUGUUAGGAACUAUUUUCAGCGGCGGAUGAGUACACAGUAGGAGUCAUACUGUACAUUUUAAAAAGAUUUGUUCUUGCACCUAAAUGUGGGAUUUGUCCACAAGAAGAAAAUCAAUGACAACACUCUUUAAAGCUCCUGUGAGGAACUUUUAGUUUGUGUCUAUUCUGGCGCCCCCUGUGGACAAAAGGGUGCAUCUGAUUUGUUCUCUGAUUUUGUCCUGCACAUGUGAAAGUCAUAUUUUCUCUUUUUUUUUCCCAGAUAAAAGUAUGUAUCAAGUACAGUAGCCCAGAAGGUUAUUUUAUCAAUACAAGAAAAAUCAAUUGACCACCAAAAAUAUUUGAUAAAAAGUAAAAAUUAAUUACUGCGUGAAAAAAAAUUAGUCAAACAUGCUCUGUAGUUGUUUGGAAAUCUACCCUGCCACUAAUUUUAGACAGUGAAAAUAACUUGAACAGUUUCAUCUUUCUGCGAAUGAUCCAAUUUGGGUUUACAGCUCAUGGAGAGACGUCAGUGUUGAUUAUAGUUUAUUUUCUAAUUCGUUAAAAAUUCAUCACAGGAGCUUUAAUUUUAAGUAUCAUUGAACACUUCGUUAAAAUUCACGACACUUGCAUGAAAUUAGUCUAUAUGCACCUGGAUGUUGAUGAAAGUGCGUCUGCCCGUGGACACGCUCAAUGUCACCUGUCUUUAACCCUCUGAAUCCUUCGACGUACCUCUGUGGUGUCUGUCAGACAAUAGUCCGCUGACCUCCUCUGAUUUAAUGCAAACAUCAGUAAACCCUUCAAACUUCACGACCACUGAAAAACCAGCCUGUCCGGAGUCUCAUUUCUGUAAUUUAAGGUCUGAUUUCAUUUGUUUAUUCUUUCAAACGUGACGUCUGUUCAUAUCUGAGAAAAUCUACCAAAUAAUUGUUCAUUCAAGGUGAAAUGUGUUGAUUUUUUCUUUUUGAUAUGGAGAUGAAUGUUCUGUUAGAACCAAUAAAGUGUUUACUAAUCAUCAGAAAUCA